AGCAUUUCAAACUUGGCGACUAUAGUUUCCAAAUUAAAGCCUACGAACCAGAAAACAACACGUUGCAGUCUGAAUAUCGUUUCAAGAAACCGAUAACAAUAACUUUGGUUUAUGACGCGGAUCAAAUGUUGAAAAUAAACAAGAAGGUCGUCGGUGAUGAUGUGACAAAUGAAGAUAUUAAUCCUGUACUUUUGCUUUGGGAUGAAAAGAAUCAAACAUGGUAUUUUAGUUUGGCAAGUUUUCUCUUCCGGUGGCCUGACAUUUCGCGGAAAGACACUUUGCUGAAAGACAUUUUAAAUUUUGCCGACGGACGUUUUGCCGAACAGACGUUUUGCCGAACGGACGUUUUGACGAACGGACAACUUGCCGAAAAUGGAGAUAUCUUCUGAACUUUAAAGGUUCGCUUACACGGUCCGACGUUUCUGUGAUUAUUAAGGUCAUUGUCGAUUUUGAUGACAGAAACUUUGAUAGUGAAGUAUAUAGUUUCGUUUUAAAUUCUUUCACGUUUUUGACAAGGUUACCGAAAUUUCGUGAUAUUCAUGAAUGCGAUUUCCCCGAGAAAUUCUAUGAUUUGUAAGAGUGCAAAUCCCCGAGAAAUUCAAUGUAUUCUAUGAUUCUAGAAGUGAAAUUCGCUUACGUCCUUGUCUUUAUAUACGCUUGCUUGUUUACGACCUGAUGUUAAAACAUGUUCCUAACAAAUGAAUCAUCCGCUGCACAAAUAAGCUACCAAUAGUGAAUAUGGUUAUGCACUGCUAACGACCGUUCGGUGUAAAUUGUCCGUUCGGCAAAUGUCUUUCGGCAAAUGUCUUUCGGCAAAAUGUCUUUCGGCAAAGUGUCUUUCGGCAAAAUGUCCGAGUACCUUGCCAUUCAGUGCAUUUUCCUAUACAAAUUCUAAGAAAAUGUUAUUUUGACUUGAAUUUCACUUCUUUCUUUAGGCCGGCUUAACUUGAAUUUCACAACUUCCAUAUUUCAUAUUAUAAGCUUAAACUUUGCGUUUUUACUAACUACUAAGUAUCAUAUUUCAUAAAAACGCUGGAUAGGAAACUCUGUCAUCAUCACGCAUGAUGGUUUCACCGCGCUAAUAGCGUCUCAACCUUGUUGAAAAUUACGGCAGCACUAAAUCCAAAAUAAUUCCACGUUUCGCACCAAUAAUGCUACGAUGGACUGUCUAAAUAUUGUUGAACAUUUUUCAGGAAACCUUUCAAGUAUUAGACUGUAAAAUACGCAUCACAAAUUUUAAUUACAUUUAUAAACAGUACAUUUUGUGAUCCCAAUUUCUUGAUUACAAAAGUGACAAAACAAAAACCAAGUCGAACAACAUUUACUUCGAAUACUUUGCCAUUGCACAGGCAGGUUUAAAAGACAAGGAUACCAUUUUGAAUCUCAGAAUAGCUCCUUGAAAAAGGAAGAAUGGCGCAAUGAAAACUUCACUAUUUUUUUUGUAUUCUCCACGACAUCACGAAUUUCAAAUAGGUCACGUCUGCUGGCGUCGUUGUCACAGGUGUUUGUGUUUUUAAAAUAGGGUUACGUACUAACCAAUUCAUGCAUAUUCCACUGGAUUUUCUCACCCCUUUAUUUGAAUAUUAAUAAAGCACACAAUAACUUGAUUUAAUCUGGUUAUUGUUUAGUGCAAAUUGUUUCUGGUUCGAAGGAAAGUUUUAUAAUGCAUGGUCAUGUUCAUUUUAUCAACAGGUUUGAUGCGGCGAAAACAUGUCCAGAACCAUGGACACAAGUUAACAAAAAGGCGAAAGUUCUCAAAGUAAACGUUUGUCAUUUGACUCAGUUUGCCUUGUUUUGGACUUUCGAAGCUGAAAAUGGAAUAUUUGAAUUCGACGGACAAACUAAUGGUAUGUAAUGGCCGAGCAAAUCGGUUUGCUACAAUCGUCCCUAUUAAAAUAUUACGUUUAAGAUCUUUCGGGAAAGUUUCGCGGUAAUUUUAUACUGCUUUUACUUGUAUGAUGAUGGAUGAUAACCUAAAUUUGGGUUUUUCUAGAUUUAGUAUUCGAACGCAAAUUUAUAUACCUGACCAGCAGCAGUUGCGAGGCCCUCCGGCAGGAAUAGAACCUUUGGCCCUGCGAUUUCGGCGCAGUGCUUUAAUCUGAGCUACAGGGUUCAGUUGCUGAGCAUCAACCACAUAUUCAUGUGUAUAUAAUGAAGUGAUGCCGGCAGAAGAUAGACUCUAAAAACAUCAUGGUUAAAGACUUUCUGGUUUUUCGAGAUUUUUUUUAGAUUUCAAAUCUAAAACUAAAAAAUACAUGCAAGCAGAAACCCCUCGUUUUCCUAGCAAAACCACUAUAUUUCCCAAACAUGAAGUAUUUGAAGUGGUUGUCAUGGUGAAAUGAUCACUUCAUUUUUUUUAUAUAAUUAUUUUUAAUUUAAAAAAGGCCUGAAGUUAUUAUUUUAAUCUGCAAAAUUAUCAAUUUUCCAAAUGUAUACGAUAGGUACAUCUAUGUACUUAUGCACGUGUCACACACGCUUCGCAAAUUGUGGUUGAAUUAUAACCAUAAAACUUAACCAGGAAUAUUAAGUUAUACCCCAAAGAGUAUAUGGAUAAACAUCGAGAUUUUGUGGCAUCGGUAGAACUAAUAGUAGAGGUGGGUUCAGUUUUAUAUACCAUCACCCGAAACUAAAUUUGUACUGACAUGACAGAAUUCUUUGCUUGAGCUUGAGCUCAUGCAAAGAAUUCUGUCAUGUCAGAUCAAAUUUAGUUUCGGGUGAUGGUAUAUAAAACUGAACCCACCUACUAUUAGUUCUACCGAUGCCACAAAAUCUCGAUGUUUAUCCAUAUACUCUUUGGGGUAUAACUUAAUAUUCCUGGUUAAGUUUUAUGGUUAUAAUUCAACCACAAUUUGCGAAGCGUGUGUGACACGUGCAUAAGUACAUAGAUGUACCUAUCGUAUACAUUUGGAAAAUUGAUAAUUUUGCAGAUUAAAAUAAUAACUUCAGGCCUUUUUUAAAUUAAAAAUAAUUAUAUAAAAAAAAAUGAAGUGAUCAUUUCACCAUGACAACCUCACCCCCUCCGACCGAAAAUCCUGGCUACGCCUCUGAUUCAAAAACUACAAUGAAGCAAAGACGAUUGCGAGGCUUGACAUACAGCAUACAUGCAAUGGAAGAUUGCGAGAAUAUAGCAGGAACCUUCAGAAUUGGCUUCUUCUGUAUGUUUUGAAAUUAUCAGCUAUCAAGCCUCACAAUCGUCUUUGCUUCAUUGUAGUUUUUGAAUCAGAGGCGUAGCCAGGAUUUUCGGUCGGAGGGGGCCGGCAAAAACGCAGGUGGGGCCAAGCCGCCAGUGACUCGAGAAGCAAAGUUCGCGCAAGAAAAAAAUUUGCGGACCACGCAACAUUUUAGAUCUCGUCUACAUCUUUUUCGGUAAAAUUGUUUUCUGGACAAUAACAUUACAAUUGCUCUCGUAGCACUUUUCCCAAUUUCCGUAUCACUUUUUCCGAUGCUUCACCACGAAGAUUCCUACUAACAUUAGAGAGUUUGAGCAAGAGAACGAAGUCGGACGACGUGCACCGUGGUUGACAAUUUUUGCCUGUCUUGCACAUUAUCUUAUGCAUUCUGAGUUUAGAGUCAGGCGUGAAGACAGAUUAGAGAUUUAUGUCUAGCUGUUUAUGAAUGCUGACCCAAAUCCUUACCCUGAUCAAGACUUCCCCAGUCAAUCCUUACCCUGGUCAACAGCGAGACAUGAAUGGCGGAAUCCAUAUCUCGCCUUCGUUCUUUUGGGAAAAUUCGCUGUGAACUUCGUUCCGAACGAAGGCAGAAGGACAAAGACGGGAUAUAGUUUCAUUCUCGCUGUUUUCUUCUGAGUCAGGGCAAGAAUUAGGGUCAGUAUGCAUAAACAGCGACACAUGGAAAGACACGUUGAGCAACCACCAGUGACAUCCAACUCAGUAUGCGCAAGGUAAUGUGCAGACGGCAAAAAUUAGCAAGUACGCCUUCGUCUUCGUACUUCGUUUUCUUGCUCAAACUCUUUAUUGACAAUUUUCCGACGGGUCUCCCCUCCCCUCCGGCCACGGCGCCACUGCCGAGCCCGCAUUUAAAAUUCACUGUGGAAAAAACAGAUUCGUUUAAACUUCAUCUAACCCUAAUUUAAUACAUAUUGAAAUAAUUAGGGUUAGAAAAGGUAUGUGUUUCAGUCAAGCUGUGUGCCGUAAAUAAGCGAACAAGUGAUUUUAGGUUUCACACCGAUGCCCAGCAAAGCAUAUAUUCUACAGAAUUUUUGCAUUAUUGACAGCAUGAACCUAUAUAAUCAAGGAUUCCCUUUUUUAUAAAAUACAUUUUAUCAGGCCCCCAAAUUUUGCCAGGGUUGGCCAAAAUUUUGCCAGGGGGGCCCGGCCCCCCCGGCCCCAGCCCAGGCUACUACGCCUCUGUUUUGAAUGUGCUAAUUUUUAGUGUUUUAAAUUAACGUGAAGAGCUUAGCAUACGAUUUGUUCUUGUCAGAUACUCUAUCCAGACCUCCACCACAUGCUGUCAUCGGAGAAGACAACAACGUCAUCUAUAGCUCAGAGCGAUACGGCGGUGAAAUGCUUUUAGAUAUAGCCAGAUAUAAAGGUUCUACAGAUGUGAUAAAAAUCACGUGGGGUGUCACUAUCGAGCCAAACACGCCUGAUUCAUUUGUCGUCUCUCCUAUGUUUGGAGAAGUAGAAUUUGGGGAGGGCCAGUGGAAUUCUUCUAUUCACCUACGGUUUCCCUUCAUCCCUGACACGGACCAGGAAAUUGGGAUUUUUGUGAAAUUGCUGAAUGUAUCUGGCGGUGCAAUGCUAGGAAAUUUUACCAGUGUGAAAAUUACAUUCCCAUCCAAUGUUGGCGAUGAUGAAGUGACCACACCCGUCAAAGACAAAAAUAACAGCAAUAGAAGUGAUGUUGUUCUGAAGAUUCUUUUGCCAUGCUUAAGCGGUGCAUUGUUGAUCAUUGGCAUAAUAGCAGCGAGUAUCUUUUUGUGCAAAGGUCAGAAAAGGUAAAGAUGUGCAACACAGUUGUUGAUAAUUUUCCAAUGCUAUAGCAUAGCUUCGGUGUGUUUAUAAAUUUUACAGAAUAUUAUUAAAUUAAAUUUCAUGUUGACUAAACUACGUGAAAUCAUCACAGAAACUUGUACUUUUAAAAUUACAACAACCGCAUAAAUUUGUAACCAUAUAUCGUAACGCAAUGAUGAACACCUAUAAACUGCCCGCCAAUUUACAUUAAAAUAAUAUUAUUUUCUUUUUCUUCAUAGCAAAAAACGGGUCAGAAUGGAUUCCACGUAUAGGAUUAACCCAAUCUUUGGCAUUUCGUAAGUAUAUUUUUACUGAAGAAAACAAAAUGUUUCAACCUCGUUCUCAGGCUUUCCCUCUUGUGGUGGAAAGACUCUGGUGGUCUGAGCUUGUCACGUGGGAAAGGUAUCAUGUUACAUGUUUCCACUAUCGCACUAACACAGGAAUCAGUGUUCUGUACAGUCAACUUUGAAAAUCAUACAUAGGUAAAAAUAUUUGCUAAAUUUGACUUUUGUUUGCUUUUAAAUUAUAAAAAUAUACUAAACAGAUUUUUAUAACAACAUGAUAUAACAUUUUGUCAGGGAUAUAUACAUAAUUCAUAAACUCUAUAUAUGCACAAAGUCUCGCACAAACAUAUCAUUACUUUAUGAAUUGUUAUAAGCAUUUUAAAGUUAUAAGCAUUUUAAAGAUCUUUCCUCCUUAAGAGCGAAGAGCCUUGGAACAAGGUUGAAUGUGUUCGUAAAUGUGAAGAAAUUAUUAUUUUGUCUACGAAUAUAUUAUUUUCCAUGAUUGUACGUGAUAUUUGAGUCAUUCUGAGAAGAAAUGUAAUUUUUCUUUUUUAAUCUUUAUCUUAAUCAACUUUUUCAUUGUCAAAGUUGCCGGAUAUGUUGCCUUUAAAUGAAUUGUAAAUUAGUUUCCAUUGUUUCCCGGCUAGAAUUCAUCUAAUCAUAUCCCGCAAAUUUAACAAUGGAAAGGUUAAUCAAGAUGAGAUUUUUACUUUAAACAUAUAUUGCAUUUCUAAUUAGAAUGACCAAAAUAUUGCAACUUAAAAUAUGGUGAGCAAAAAGAAACAUUGUCUACUGCAAAAAAGUUUCCAAGACUAAUAGCACAUUUUCAUUAUUUUAGCACAAAUCUUGCUGUAGGAGAAAGAUCGUUUACAGACCAAGACCCACCAUAUUGA